GGAUUUGAGGGAAGUGUUUGGGAAGUAGGCUACUGUGGGUGAAUUCCCAGGCUUGAGUGUAGCGUCACUCCUGCCCUGCUCUCUCUGCUUGAUGCAGCGAUGAUGAGGGGCGGUCGUCUGCAGCUAUUAUGCCUCUUGUCGUCACAGCAGCAGUCUUUUAUCAACAGUGUGGAACACAGCCCCGCGGCUCUCAAUGUGAGCAACCUACUCGGGAUAUAACGCGGUAACACGAUGGCUACGGAAAACUUGGAAUUGAACGGUGUUGCUGACCGAAACGGCGAGCCCGAGGUCCCGCAGCCAGGCCUCUGGAGGAGGCAACAGAGACCUCUGAACAUGAACCAUUACGCCAAUAAGAAGAGUGCCGCAGAGAGCAUGCUGGAUGUGGCUCUACUGAUGGCUAAUGCCUCACAGCUGAAGGCGGUGCUGGAGCAAGGACCGGACUUCACCUUCUAUGUGCCCCUUAUUACGCUCAUUAGCAUCUCCCUCAUCCUGCAAAUCGUGGUUGGAGUUUUGCUCAUCUUCAUUGUUAAGUGGAACCUGAAUGAUGAAAGCAUGCACUUCAAGUUGAACAUUAUGGAGAAUUUCGCCACAGCCUUCGUCUUCAUCAUAGUCGUGGUCAACGUCUUCAUCACAGCCUUUGGUGUCCAGCGACCCAACCCAAGUGCUUGAUCACCCUUUAGAUGACUCUCCAUGCCGGCUGAUGAACUUAGUAAAGAUGCACCUCCACAUGAUUUGUGAAAAUGGACCGGACGUAUAUUUAUUCACCAAACUAAAUGGCAUGCAGGUGCAUUUGCCAUUCUGUAAUUCAACCUCCCAGGCUUGUCACUUGAUACCCACCCGGUGAUGAUGUGUGUGUGUGUGUGUGUGUGUGUGUGUGUGUGUUAGAGGGGUUCCCUUAUCUGACCAUAGCUAUGGACAAAUGUGCAGUCAGCUUCCAUUUCAUGUGGGUAUUCACCAGUUUGUUACCUCUUCUUGUACUCAGGACUGAUGCAUAUAAACGGUUGCCUUUACUUAUCAAGCAAAUGUAUCGGGAGCAACAUACUGUAUGUCAGUCACAACCAUUGUGAAUAUUUCCUGAAAAAAAAAAGACAUCCUGCUGUUAUUGUUAAGUUUGAAAUGUGUCAGUACCUGCAGUCUAAUCCGAAUGUAUGCCUACAAAAAAAACUUGAUCACCAAAGCAAAAUCCAAAUGAAAGUCUUAGUAGUAAGUGCCAGGAGCCACCUUGGCCUUCUGCUGCUCAUGUGGCAUUACAUGAUAAAAAAGCCUUAUUAUGAGGCCAGAUUUUCUGUUUACAACUGAUUAGUUAAGUGGACCUUACAUGCUUUGUUUAAGUGCUAUGCAAAGUCUAGUGUGUAAAGUUUUACCUGUAUAUAUUAGUUUAUGUCUACAAGUGUUUAUAUAGUGUAUGUGAUCACUAACGGGCUUUUUUUAAAUCACUUUUUUUAACGGACCAAAAAUUGUCACAGCUUCUACUAUAAAUCUUGUAGUAUACACUGUGACAACAAUUUUAAAUGAUAUUUUAUAAAUAAAAACUACAAACAUGA